AUGUUCAGAAGCCCUUUUUCUGGUUUUAGAAACUUCCACCAAUCUGCUUCAUUGCUCCAUGGCCAUAUUCACAAACCCAAUCCUGGCGAAGAGCUCCAUAUAACGUUCAUUACUAAAGACGGAAGCCAGUUCACUUACGAAGUUGCUGAGGGCGACAACAUCUUGGACAUUGCCCAGGCAUAUAACUUGGACAUGGAAGGCGCUUGUGGUGGAUCUUGUGCCUGUUCCACAUGCCACAUAAUCGUUGACCCAGAAUUCUACGAUGAGAUCCCAGAGCCUGAUGAUGACGAAAACGAUAUGUUGGAUUUGGCUUUUGGAUUGACCGAAACUUCGAGAUUGGGUUGUCAAGUCAAAAUGACGAAGGAAUUGGAUGGAAUAAGAGUAGCCUUGCCUGCCAUGACUAGAAAUUUACAAUCCAGAGACUUCAACAACUGA